AAGUUAGGAUCGGUUUGUAAGGUAUAAUGACGGAAAACUGCGAUUAUUAUAGUUAAGCACGACUGUGUAAUUGACGGACACGUACCGGGGGAGUUACCGUGUAAAACACCUGUAGAUUCACAGGUAGCAUAGAUCAAUGCACUCAGAUGACGGUAAUGCUAGGCACCUGUCCACCGACGUAAGGCGCGGAGACAUUCCUCAUGUCGGUGUCUUAUGAUGUUAUAAUUGUUGGUGUCGUCUGCGGUGGGGUAGCAGCUAUAAUUCUUAUUGCCCUAGUAUGGCGUUACUGCACCAUAAAACGGAAGCGACAAUCAACCUACGAACAGAUUCUUCCAAACCGGAAGCAGAGUGUUCACAUAGAAAACGGAACCCUAGUAGUAAAUAUGAAACAAAUCCCCUUCACCGUGCCCACUCAGACCACAUCCUUAGGAAGGAGGAUAGAGAGGGGGUCGUCCGAGGAGUUCCGGCCCGGGGGAGGGGGCUUAUCGGAACCCACUUCACCGCUCAACGUCAAACGGCCUUCUGUUGAAAUACCAGGUGCCUAUGCUUUGGGAUCUAUAGACCCCAGUCUAUAUAAAAUUGUGGAUGAGGAUGAUGAUUAUGAAAUCCCUUUGGAUCAUAUCGGGAGAGUUUGGUUUGCUGUGGAGUAUGAAAGAGAGACAGAAAAACUGCUGGUGACACUCAUGAAGGCAAAGAACCUGCCGACGCGACAAUAUGGCAACAACAGCAGUUGUGACCCAUUCAUCAGAUUGUAUUUAAUGCCUGAUGAACGUCGAUAUUUACAGUCUAAAUUCAAAAAGAAGACAUGCAACCCAAAGUUCGAAGAGAGCUUUGUUUUUCAGGUGUCCUAUAGGUCGCUCCAGGACCGGGUGUUGAAAAUGACUGUUUAUGACGUCGACCGUCACAGACGUCAUAAUGUCAUAGGUCACGCUCUUUACCCUCUCAAAGACCAUGACGCAGAAAGCAAUGAGCGCCUUGUUAUAUGGAGGGACCUCGAAAGGGAGGUCACUGAGACGACAGCCGACAAGGGGGAGUUGCUUGUAGCCCUUUGCUACAAUAACCACCUAGAGCGUCUAACGGUGGGGGUGUUAGAAGCCCGGGACCUUAAAUACGACAGCCAACCCAGUGAUACGUAUGUUAAAGUCAGUGUUCUAGUCCAAAAUAAAGUGGUGAAAACAAAGAAAACGGAAGUACUGAAGAAGACAGACUCUCCUAAUUAUAACGAAUCCUUCACAUUCAAACUUCCUGUUGCAAGUCUUGACGCUGCUAGCCUAAGUCUAACCAUCAUGCAGCAUUCCAGUGGACAUAAAGAUAAAAUAAUAGGAAGAGUAAUUCUGGGAUCUUUCAUGUUUGCCAGAGGAAAGGAGUUGGACCAUUGGAACGAAAUGGUGGCAAAUCAAAGAGACCAAGUUACUCAGUGGCAUGGGCUAGUGUGACCGUCUGUCUGUGACGCAUCUACAUAAACUUGAGUGAUUGUGUAUAAAAACAAAGGCUUGUUUAUCUGUAUGACACACAGAGACGUGUAUAAUUGUCUGAUACACAUAGACUUGUAUGAUUGUGUAUAAUACAUAAACUUGUAUGAUUGUCUGAAACACAUAAACUUGUAUGACUGUCUGGAAAAAAUUAGACUUGUAUGAUACACAUGCAUUAUGUAGGUUUGCCUGAAAAACAUAGACUUGUAUGAUACACAAGACUUGUAUGAUUGUAUGAUACACAGAUAUCUGUAUGAUGCACAAAGACUUUACUUGUAUGAUUGUGCAUAAUACAUAGAUUUGAAUGAAUGGCUGAUACACAUAGACUUGUAUGAUAUACAUGGACUUGUAAAUUUAUGAUACAUUGUACACAAAGACAUAUAUGGAUGUCAAACAGACACAAAUUUGUAUGAUUUUCUGAUUGCUGCACACAUUGGUUUUUUUCUGUUCGGUAAACAUUUGAUUUGCAGGACUGUCUGAUUGUAACAAAUAAGUCGUCUGCUGUACACGGACUUGUAUUUUUAAUUUGACUGAAUGUUUAAGAUAACGGUUUGUCUGUCUGUGAUAUGGAUUUAUAUGGCUGCCUGUUUGUUUAACUAGUGCUGUUGUGUGAUUUGAAUUCUGUUUAAUUUGUGCGUUUGUCUGUUUGUUACACAGGUUAUUGGGAUAGUUGGACUGACCUACCUUCUUUGUCAGUGUUGAGACUGGUGUGUUUGUCUGUUUGUUACAUAGGUUAACAGGAGAGUGGGACUGACCUACUUUUCCUGUCAGUGUUCAGAUCGGUGUGUUUGUCUGUCUGUACGAGCUGCUUCAUCAUUCCAUUUGCUGCCUUUUCUUUCAAACAAAAGAACCACUAAUUACUAGUAUACACAAACAUGAUUGAACGACUGUCAUUGGAUUUUUACAGUACACGUUUUCUUCUUUGAUUUCAUUACAGCAAAUGAUGCAGCAUAUAAACUACAUUUUCCGUAUUAAUGACAUACGAAACAAACAAAUAAGAAACGUCUGGAUAGAUAUAUAUAAUCUUAAGACAUUGUAAGCUUUCAAUGAUGUUCGAAUUUCUACCUAUCUACAACUAUACAAAUUUUCGCUUCUUUAAAUCACAUUAUUAUGAAAAUCUUUUGAAAAAAUCAAAUAUCUACGCUGUUCAAGUUAUAUGUUUGACUCAUUUUAACAUAAAUUAAGUUUUAUUUUCAUGAUUAUUGACAAGUUUGUUUGUAUCAUCUGUCCUUGAGUGAUCUUAUUUCUUCAUUGUGGUUAGUAGUCAUGUUGUAAAAAAAAAAAUCAUUUUAGAUGCAUCACCGGUUAUUUUUUUUUUUUUUGGCU